AAAAAAAAAGUAUAACAAGAAGAGACAUGGGGCGUCUCGUAAACGGAGCUGGUCUCUUGGUUUUGUUGUGUUUCCAUGUCUUUGUGGUGAGUAAUGUGGCUGCGAGAGAGGGUGGGAUGAGCUUUGGCAAAGAUGAAGAGGAGAAGACUUUCAUAGGAGGUGGAAAGGGCUAUGGAGGAGGUUUUGGUAAAGCUGGCGGGAUAGGCAAAGGUGGAGGCAUUCUUGGCGGCGGCAUUGGUAAAGGCGGAGGCUUCGGUGGUGGAAUAGGAAAAGGCGGUGGCUUUGGAGGAGGCUUCGGUGGAGGAAUAGGCAAAGGCUUUGGCUUUGAAAAAGGUGGUGGCUUCGGCAAAGGAAUAGGCAAAGGCUUUGGCGGUGGAAAGAUUGGACACAACUGAGAUAAACAAGAAGAAACUUGUAGUUGCUUUGCAUGAGCGACUUUGGGAAUAAAAUAACUUAGUUUGUUUUAUCAGCUUUUAGACUAUCUAUCUAUCGAUGUUUUCAUUUUCAUCAUGAAUUUUAUUCCCUCACAAAAGAAUAUAAUA